AUGCUCACCAGGCCUAUCGGGACAGCCAAUUUAUCAGGUCUGCCCAGGUUCUCUGUACAGGUGCGACACGGCCUACGGCAAGUUCGUCGGCAGGCCUACACGACGCGGGCUUCGGAUAUUGAAGCAGACCUAACUGCGCCGAAUGGCAAAUCAUGGUCGCAGCCGCUGGGUCUAUUUAUCGGCAAUGAGUUUAGGAACUCGGCAAAGGGGAGACGGAUCACUACGUUCAAUCCAUACUCCCACAGUACAGAGACGGAGAUUUGCCAAGUGGUAGCUGCAACUCCUCAGGAUGUCGACGCAGCCGUCGAGGCGUCUCGUCUCGCCUUGAAGAAACCAUCCUGGAAGUCGUUGUCGGGCACAGAGCGCGGCCACCUAAUGAACAAGUUGGCAGAUUUGGUUGAUCAGCACCGCGAAACUCUUGCGGUUAUCGAGACCCUCGAUAAUGGAAAGCCUUAUUCCGUUUCCCUGGGCUUUGAUGUCCCACACUUCUCCGAGGUCCUGCGCUACUAUGCUGGGUACGCGGACAAGAUUCACGGCAGCGUCAUUGAUGUUGGCCAUGACAAGAUGGCAUACACUUUAAAGCAACCUAUUGGGGUGUGCGGCCAGAUCAUUCCCUGGAACUAUCCGCUGGCCAUGGCAGCUUGGAAGCUUGGUCCUGCCCUGUGUUGUGGAAACACGGUCGUGCUGAAGCUUGCUGAACAGACGCCCCUGUCCAUGCUCUAUGUCGGCAAAUUGAUCCGUGAGGCAGGAUUUCCUCCCGGUGUGAUUAAUAUUAUCAACGGCCAUGGCGGGCUAGCAGGUGCGGCGCUAGCAUUACACAGAGACGUGGAUAAGAUUGCAUUCACCGGCAGCACUGCCACGGGUAAAGACGUGAUGCGUAUGGCAUCUACAACCAUGAAGGCUGUUACGCUGGAGACUGGCGGCAAGUCACCGCUGAUCGUGUUUGAUGAUGCCAAUCUGGGGCAAGCGGUGCGUUGGGCCCAUGAGGGCAUCAUGGCAAAUCAGGGACAGGUUUGCACGGCAACCUCUAGGUUAUUGGUGCAGGACGGAAUAUACGACAGGUUUAUCGAAGAAUUCACCGAGUAUACGAGCAAAACAUCCAUUUUAGGUGAUCCCUUCGAGGCUACAACCUACCAGGGACCACAAGUCAGCGCCACGCAGCGAGAUCGCAUUUUGUCUUAUAUCAGAACUGCUCAGACCGAGAAUGCAAACAUUAUACAUCCAUGCGGAGCUAUUCCGGAACUUCCUAGAACGGGGUUUUUUGUCCCGCCCACUAUUUUUACCGAUGUCAACACUGCCGCGACUGUCUUCAAGGAAGAAAUCUUUGGUCCCUGUGCCGCGGUAGCCCGAUUCAAGACUGAGAAGGAGGCACUCGAUAUUGCUAACUCGACACGGUACGGGCUUGCUGGGGCUGUGUUCACGCGGGACAUGGCUCGUUCACAUCGUGUGGCGAGGGAAUUAGAAGCUGGCAUGGUCUGGGUAAAUAGCAGUAAUGAUUCCGACGUGAGGGUUCCUUUUGGCGGCGUUAAAGAGAGUGGGAUAGGAAGAGAGCUGGGCGAGGAUGGAUUGAGGGGGUAUUACAGUGUGAAGGCGGUGCAUGUAAACUUGACGGAGAGUUGA